AACCAAAUACGCAAUUCUUAUUUUAGUGUAACAUAGUACUGUAGUGAUACAUUCCUCAACAAGAUGCCAUCAGAUGAAUUGGAGAAUGGUGGGUCUGGUGAUCACUUAGAUUACUUGAGCGAUGAAUUUAGAAACUUGCAUUUGGCUGGUCAUGUUGGAUUUGACAGUCUUCCAGAUCAACUUGUCAAUAAAGCAACUAACCAAGGUUUUUGCUUCAAUAUUUUGUGCGUUGGCGAAACAGGCAUCGGAAAGUCAACAUUGAUGAAUACAUUAUUCAACACCAGCUUUGAAUACGAGCCACAGCAUCAUAACAUGCCCAGCGUCAAACUUAAGGCCAACACUUAUGAGCUUCAGGAAAGCAAUGUCCGUUUGAAGUUAACAAUUGUUGACACUGUUGGAUUUGGCGACCAAGUUAACAAAGAAAAUAGCUUCAAACCUAUUGUGGAAUACAUCGAUCAACAAUUUGAAAAUUAUUUGCAGGAAGAAUUGAAAAUAAUUCGUUCUCUUCAUAAUUAUCAUGAUACGCGUAUCCACGCCUGUCUUUACUUCAUUUCUCCUACAGGUCAUGGCUUAAAAUCUUUAGAUCUGCUAACAAUGAAGAAUCUGGAUAAUAAAGUGAAUAUCAUACCUGUCAUAGCAAAGGCAGACACAGUGUCAAAAAGUGAACUUCACAAAUUCAAGAUUAAGAUUAUGAGUGAACUCGUCACCAACGGAGUACAAAUAUAUCAAUUUCCUACUGAUGAUGAAACUGUUGCUGAGUUGAACGGUUCCAUGAAUAGCCAUCUUCCUUUUGCUGUGAUUGGAAGCACAGAUGAGAUUAAACUGGGUAAUAAAAUGGUGAAAGCAAGGCAAUAUCCGUGGGGAACAGUUCAAGUGGAAAAUGAACCAUUGUGAUUUUGUCAAAGUCGUGAAAUGCUGAUUCGUGUCAAUAUGGAGGAUUUGCGUGAAACUCACACGAAGCAUUACGAGUUGUAUAGACGCUCAAAAUUGGCUGAAAUGGGAUUCAAAGACGGUGUCGAAGGCGGCAAAAGCUUCAGUCUUCAAGAAGUUUAUGAAUCCAAACGCAAUGAGCAUUAUGAGUUGCAAAGAAAAGAGGAUGAAAUGCGGCAAAUGUUUGUGCAACGGGUGAAAGAAAAAGAAUCAGAACUGAAAGAUUCUGAGAAGGCUCAUGACAAGUUUGACAAGCUAAAGAGAAUGCAUAUGGAGGAAAAGAAGAAAUUGGAAGAUCGUCGCAAAACCCUUGAUGAUGAAAUCCAAGCAUUUCGAAAACGAAAAGAGCAGGUGACUCUUCAACAACAACAAUCAAAGGACCAAUUUGGUCAUGGCCAAAACAAAACCAAGAAGAAGUGAAAUUGACGUCGGAAAGAUAUUUUAACACCUUGUCUCGUUUGACUUGGCAAGUGCCUAACAUGCAGAAAUGCUCUAUUAGACCUCUGAGAUUUUAUACAAGUCAUAUUACUUUCAACUUAUAAUAUUUUGUUUUAUACAAUAAUUGGUUGUGAACUAAACCGUCCGAAAAUUACAUCAAAUGUUGGUUUUUUGUUUCAGCAUGAUAGUAUUCACUUUGUUUACACCAAAUCGAUUAGGAUUUCCCCAACGCUCAGAGAGCAAUUUAUUAAGCUUAAUAACAUAUGUGACUUGCAGGCCCUAUUAUAGCCCUGAUCGCUAUAUCCUUGCCAAUCUACUAUACUGCCUUUGUAACAUUCAUCAAUCUCCCCAGGCAAAUAUAUUGUCUUCCUGGCAAGCAUAACUUAAUGUCAAGUAUGUAACAUCCUCCAGACGUAAUUCAGUUUCAUUCUAAUUUUCUUGUUUUUCGCCAGUGUUUUUUUUAUCAUGUAUGUUUAUUAUUCAGAGUGCUCUUGUAUUGUAUUACAUCUUUGUCUCGUCUUUUCAUAGUAAUAUUGUAGGUUCUCACUAAAAUAAGUCUCUAAUUACAACUAAACCAUAAACAAACUGCAAUAUAAUCAACUCAUUUUUUAAAGCAAGUUCAAACCGGUUUCAAAAUCCAAAUCACUUAAUAUUCUGGUAAUCUUACAAUGCUGAAUUGCUUGGUGAUUUUGAAAAUGACUUUUCUAACCAAGUCAUUCGGCCACCGAAGCAAUGUAUAACCACUAACAAUAUGAAUUGCUGUCCAUCUGUGUACGCACAAGUCCAACCAAAUUUUGUUUCAAUAAUUUUAUUGCAAACAUAUUUUGAAGCAAACCUUUUUCAACAUUUGACCAUUAUAGUCUCAUGUUCAUGUGAUAUCCUUAUAUAGUCAUAUGUACAAAUAUAUUCAUAGAAAAUCCUGGG